AACGUAUAUUGUUAAUUAUGGCGGGAGAAGUGUCGGAGGCGGUGAAAAAAUGUUGCAAUAUUUUAAAGAAUUCAUCAAGUGAUACCGAGAAGUUUGCAGCACUGUUUAUGGUGACAAAGUUGGUGAAGGGUAAACAUGCUACACCUGCUGCAAGAAUAGCUAUUUUUGAAGCCAUUGGAUUUGAUUUUCUUAAACGACUUUUGCUUACUACAGAUGUUCCUGUUGAUUGUCCUCCAUCCAUUUAUAAAUCAGUUGCCUUAACAAUAAUCUCUGUAUUUUGUACAGAAGAACAAUUGGUUACAAAAAAGGAAAUGUUAGAGUUAAUUCCUGUUUUCCUAGAUAUUGUUGAGUCAGCAGAUGAUAGUGACAAUGAUGAUAAUUUAAUGGCAAUAGGUGAAGCUUACAAUUGUUUAAAAGGUAUUGCAUUAUUUUCUGCUGGUCAGAAAGCAUUAAUUGAUGUUGGAGCUAUAGAUAGAUUAAGCAAAGUCUAUUCUUCAGCUAGUUUUCAAUCUGACGAAGCUCUUAGUGUUAUGGGUUUAUUAGUGGCCAAAAAAGGUGCCUUGUCCUGGGAUCCUAAAGAUCCAAAAGCAUUUCAUGCUUUGGUUAAUAAAAUUGCCCUAGAUUUUUCAACAGAUCAAGACAAAAGAAAAUUUGAAUUAGCAGAAUGCCUUAAUGCUAUAAUUUUUAAUUGUCCCAGAAAAGUUGUUUCAGAAUCAGCUACAAGUGAAAGUUGGCCGUUGAGUAUUUAUAAGGGAUUAAGUGACAUAUUACAAAGUAAAAUUGGGCCUGCCCAACGAAACCCAGCCCUGAUUUUGGCUUCUAGUAUGGUAGAUUUGCUUGGUGUGGAAUGGAUACUUUCUGAUGAAGAUAAAGGAAAACAAAUGUUUCUACUUUUGGUUCAGUUAGCUGCAAUUGAAGUCCGUAUGCAGCUUGAUGGAAAAACAUUAAAAGGCACCCAACAAAAUCAAAAUCUUAUUACUGGUUGUUACAUAAUUCUCGAAUUGUCCUUAACAUUUAUUGCUCAGGAUACUAUAGAUUUGGAUCAAAAAGAAAGGCAAAGUCUAUAUACUGCACUUAAGGGGGCUUUUACAGCGGUGGUAAAUUUGUUGGUAAAAGUUGCUCAAGAGAAGAAUAAGCCCGCCGGGGAAGAUAAAUUAUUUGUUUGUGCUACAAUCAGAGUGUUGGCAUCUUGGAUAGCUCAAGAAACUACAUCUAUGAGACCUCAAGUAUACCAGUUGUUGCCAUUUAUGUUAGAGUUGGCAUUUGAAACAUUUUAUGCCUACCGAUCUAGGAGGAUUGCUGAAAAAGCGGGCACACCUAUAGAGUCUGAUCCAUUAAGCAGUACAGAUAUUCUAAGGGUUAUGCUACCUGCCCUUUGUCAUUUAGCCGUGGAAGAUGAAUCCAGAGCUAUUAUGCUAAAGUGCCACUGUGAUCAAGUUCUUGUUGAAGUUAUUGAAUUUCAUUGGACAAUUGUGAAUCACAAACGACCACCUGUCCCACGUGCGGAAAGAUUGAAAGCUUUAAGUCAACCAAAACCCGAGUUGACUCCCGAAAUUUUGGAAGACAUGAAAGAUUCAAGAAGUGCCAUGAUAAGUACAUGUAAUGUUCUAAUGAACUUAACGGUUUUAGAAAAUAAAUAUGUGGAAAAUUCACCGAUAUUUAACAAUUUAAUGAAAUUUAUAUUUGAUAGCCUACCUGAAUUAAAGGAUAUUCCUGAAAAUUUAGUACUACAUGGUAAUCUUGCUGUGCUAGGAUUACUUUUGCUUAAACAAUUGUCAAAUAAAGUUAAGAAAAAUGACUUUUCGAUUUGUCGAUAUAUACAGGCAACUAUUCGUUUUCUUUGGAAUGCCUAUACUAUUGAUGAGUCAAAUGAUCCCACAGCUUUGGUUGUUGCAAUGGCUUAUAAAGAAAAUUGGAUGGAGAUGGUAGAAUUAUGGUUCCUGGGAAUGCAAACUAUGUCUAGUGUUAUAGCUCAGAUUCCCUGGAUCUCGGAAUUUGCCAUCGAAAGUGGUUGGGCAGAGGGAAUUGUGCAAACAUUGAAAAAGGUAAAAAUUGGAACCCUGCCUGCAAAUGUUAAAGCAGCCUAUGAAGAUUUUUUGUGCCGCCUUGUUGAUGCGAAUGAAGGUGUUGUUGAAGUUCUAAAAAAAUCUGAAGCUUUAAGGGUGUGCAGAAAUCACAGGUUGAUGGAAUUAGGCAAAAAAUUGUUUGGAGAUUAGGGUGCGCAUUUUAUUAUUUUAUUUUACAUUUUUCUGCUGUAAUAAGCUUCAAAGUUUUUUGUAGUUUUUUUAUACAGCACAUUUUUUAUUGAAUGAGUGAUUUGUAAUUUGUAAUAUAUAAUUUAUUUGA